CGCAGUUCUUGGAAGUGAUAUAGAGACGAUGUUAUUUUUGUCCCUGACAACGGCUGUAUCCGCUAGGGCGGCACUUUAACCUGCCUGGACGUGUCCUUAGAAUAGGGAGUUACGUCAGCCCUUUGCAAAAACGUGCGAUUGAUAUCCGGCCGACCCGCCAAGCACUGGAACUGUACUGUAAACAUGGCGCUGCAAGCGACGAUAUGGAGGGCGUGUCAGCUGUCACGUCGGCUGGUAAACCCUGCAGUAAGGCUACAUGGUGUCAACCCGGCUGUGUCAAGCUGGAUAGUCAAAAGGCCGUACGCCAUCUCGGUGGACCGGCUGGACCAUUUCGUCCUCACGGUCAAGAGCAUCGACGUCACCGUGGAUUUCUACACACGCGUCCUGGGCAUGCGCGUCGACACGUUCAAGGGAGGGCGAAAGGCGUUACAUUUCGGCCAACAAAAGGUGAACUUACACGAGCACGGCAACGAAUUCGAACCGAAGGCACAUGCGCCCAUGCCUGGUUCUGCUGACGUCUGUCUCAUCACCAAACAUAGCGCUGAAGAAGUGCUCGAACACCUCAAGAAGUGCGAUGUAGCAGUAGAAGAAGGCCCCGUACAGAGGACCGGCGCCUUGGGUCCUAUCCUGUCCGUCUACUUCCGUGACCCUGACCACAACCUGAUAGAAGUGUCGUCUUAUACCGAACAGAGCACGAACUAAGUAGCUGGUAUCUCGUUACAAAAAUUAUUGAGGAUCACUUGUAUGAAGAUAUCCAGGUGUUUUAACCAUUUGUAAAUUUCGUGUUCAAUGAACAUCGAUCACUAUUAUGACCAUGGCUCAUGAGUUGUGCCCGUACCUUGAACAUUAGCAGUUGAACUUUGUAUCAUGUUGUUUGGUUUGUACUACUGUAUAAUAAAGCAGUAUUCUUGGAAGAAGACUA